AUGAUGAAACACAAUGACUCAUUACCAUCAAGCAGAAAUGCUACCAGCACAGGCAGUAAUCAAUCACCCAUCAAUAUCGAUACAGCCAAGGCGAUACCGAAAAUAUGUCCACCAAUUGUGAUGAGUGGAUACGGAGAGGGAACGAACCUGGUGACACUUACGAACACCGGACGUACUGUUAAAGUUCGACCGCCUGAAAACGUGCCAUCAGCUUUUCUCAGCGGAGGUCCUUUAAAGGGCAAGUACAAGUUUUUCGAGUUGCAUUUUCACUGGGGAUCAUCGAACUUGAUUGGCUCUGAACACUCUGUAAACGGAAAUUUUUAUUCAAUGGAAGCACACAUGGUUCACUACAACGAAAAAUAUCCAAAUUUUGAAGUUGCAUCCAAGAAGUCUGAUGGCUUCGCUGUAAUCGCUGUAUUCUUCGAAGCGACCAAUGAAGCCGAGCAACAAGACCACCCGAUAAUUUCAGGAAUAACGAAUCACCUGGCUAGUAUAAGAUCAGCCGGAACCACCGUCGACGUACAUCCGGGUUAG